AUGGCCGCCGAACGAGGGCCAAAGCCCAAAUCUAUCGAGGCCAAUCGCAAAUCACAAAAAGGCGCGCCAUUAGACGACGAAGACGCCCGAGCAGUCGCACGAUUUACCGAAGAGGCAACUAAACAAUAUGGCCGAGGCGAUAGGAUCAGACCAAAAUCUGUAAAGGACAAGAAGCUGAGGUCGAAUCUGCGCUUGCUGGAAAAUAAGAAUAAGCAGGCAGCGAUAGAAGCAAAGAAUGUGGAAAUCCUGCUCGAGAAUAAUGAAGGACUGCUGGAAACCGAACACGAGCUGGAAAGGACAUACAAAGUUCGACAGGACGAAAUCAAGGCAGCAGUUGGAACGGAGACAGCAAAGAAGGGUUUUGAGCUGCGACUGGAUGGGCUGGGGCCAUACGAUGUUUGCGAAUACAGCAGAAACGGCCGAGAUCUGCUAAUCGCAGGGAGAAAAGGGCAUGUUGCGACAUUUGACUGGAGAGACGGAAAGCUGGGGUGCGAGUUGCAACUGAACGAGACGGUGCGAGAUGCAAGAUGGCUGCACGUCAGCAACCAGAAGAAUUUUGCCGUCGCACAGAAGAAGUGCGUUUACAUCUACGGUGGCGACGGUGUAGAGUUGCAUCAGCUCAAGAAUCACUCCGAAGCCACACACCUCGAAUACCUACCUUACCACUUCCUCCUCUCUUCGAUAUCGACGGCCGGUAUCAUAAGAUACACGGACGUUUCGACCGGUCAGUCGCUGGGAGAGCUAUACACGAAGCUUGGACAACCGACCGCGUUCGUACAAAACCCGCACAACGCCAUCCUGCACGUUGGACACCAGAAAGGCCUCGUUACACUAUGGUCUCCCAACAGUGCGUCUCCCCUUGUUAAGCUCCUCCCACACCACGGCCCAGUCCGCAGUUUGGCAGUCGACAAGUCCGGAACAUAUAUGGUCAGCACAUCGCAAGACCGCCGCAUGUCUGUAUGGGAUAUUCGCAUGUUCAAAGAAAUUCACACACACCACCUGCGCGUCCCCGGCACGUCCCUUUCCAUCUCAGAUCGCAACCUCACGGCCGUUGGCUACGGCACACAAGUCAACAUUUAUAAGCCCGAGAUCUUCACACAUAACCCCGACCUCGUCUUGCCCACACCAUACAUGGCUUGGGGCGGUGAGGGAAUCAGCACCGGCCGCGUACGCUUCUGUCCUUUCGAGGAUAUUCUGGGCAUCGGGCACGAGAAGGGCUUUUCCUCCAUCAUCGUACCAGGCAGCGGAGAGCCCAACCCCGACACACUGGAGCAAGGCACUAACCCCUUCGAGACGAGCAAACAGCGCCGCGAAACAGAAGUGCACGCACUGCUCGAGAAGAUCCAACCGGAGAUGAUCGCCAUCGACCCCAACUUUGUCGGCAACCUGGACCUGACCUCGCACGAGCAGCGCGUCAAGGAGCGCGAUCUGGACCACAAGGAAGAGGACAAGAUCGCCAAACUGAAGAAGCGCGGCCGCGGCCGCAACAGUGCCCUGCGCAGGUAUCUGCGCAAGAGCGGCAGCCGCAAUGUCAUCGACGAGGAGAAGGAGCACGCGCGCGAGAUAGUCGAGAGGCGCAAGGAGCGCAAUGUCGAGAAGCAGAAGCAGCUCAAGCAGGCAUACGGGCCAGCGCUGGAGCGGUUUGCAAAGAAGGGCGUCUAG